GGUAAAAGGACUGUCUUCGGUGAAAGUGGUGUAACCACCUAAAUAAGGAUUAUCUUUCAUCUUCCACUUAGUGAGCAGAAAUGAGUGAACAAGCAGAAAAGAGUGAACAAGCAGAAAAGAGUGAACAAGCAGAAAAGAGCAGUUCCGUGCGAGAGAGACCUGCACGUCAAAGUUCUCCUGAGAAACCAAGUGAGAAGGAACUGAAGCAAAUGAAACGGUUGGAUCGGCAGUUAAAACGGUUGUCACUUCAAAAUCCCGGGCCUCAGGUAGCCAACUUUAAUCCUAAAGUAAGGCAGCAGAUCAAGAAAGGGCAAAUGGCAAAGAAAAAUGAGUCUGUUCCUGAAAAACGUGAAGUCAACAAGUAUGACGAAAAGGGCAGGCUCACCUUCAAUGAGGCUGACCUGUGUGAUUGCCUUGAUAAAGACUGCAUGGGUUGCUUCUACCCGUGCCCCAAGUGUAACUCCACCAAGUGUGGGCCCACUUGCCGCUGCAACCGCCGCUGGGCCUACGACACCAUAGUCGAUGAGAAUGGGGAGGUCAUCAGCAAGAUGCCAUUCGACCUCUCCGACUAGGUGCAGCCCUCCGGGCUGAUCAAUUUUCUCUGCUUGGCAGUUAAACCAGCCUCUUUCUCCUGGGUGAAUUUUAGGA